AUGGAAGAAGAAGAACAAAUUCUGAAUUUAUAUUCAACAGAAUCUCCUUUAUACUAUAUUGCGUGGUAUAAAGUUGAUGAUCUUAAAUCGAAAUUCCCAAAUCUUGAUAUUAAAGAGAAAAUAGAUUAUGAAAUCACACCACUUGAUUGCGCAAUUAAAUAUGGAUCAGAACUGUGCUUCAAUUACUUGAAAAAUUUAGGAGCUCAAUACACUUCUGAAUCGGAAAAAUAUGCAGUUCAAGGUGGAAAUAAGAACAUUUUUAUGCAAAUGAUAGAAGAUGGUAAAUCAUUUGAUAAAAUGAUUAAUACAGCAUUGGAUUAUCGAAACUAUGAAAUUGCUGAGUACCUUAAAUCAAAUUUUGGACAAUCUCCUCAUUCAAUAGCAGAAAGUAUGCUUUUUGGAAAUUUUGAUGUUGCAUCUUAUUUACUUUCUAAUGGAGAAGAUAUCAACGAAUUUUCUAAUCUUUUUCUUUUCAUAUUUAUCAUUGUUUUAUGA